AGGCAGCCAUGGCAGCUGCGCGCGAAGGCUCCAGAGGCGUCGGCGAGCGGCACGUGCAGGCCGCCUACUCGAAAGCCCUGCUGGGGGUGCCCUCGGGCAGGCGAACGUCCCCCAGCGACCUGAACCUCACGGCCGCCCACGAGGCCGGGCACGCCGUCGUGAACGAGGCGAUGAGGGCGGCGAUGGGCCCCGGCUUCCGGACAGUGGCCCACAUCAGCAUCGUGCCGACGGGGGGCACCGGCGGCGUGACGCAGUUCGCGGAGCCGGACGAGAUGCGCCACCUGCCGGAGACCCGCAGGGUGCUCUUGGCCGAGCUGGCGACGUGCAUGGGCGGCCGCGCGGCGGAGGAACUCCACAACGGCGGCGUGGAAGCCACCAUGGGGGCGCGGGGGGACUUCGAGCAGGCGACCAACAUGGCCACCACGAUGGUGACCGUCGGCGGGCUGUCAGACAAAGUCGGGCCCCGCGCGCUCGCGGCCUCCUACCGGGACCUCUCGGAGGACCGACCUCAAGAGGAAGGUGGACGAGGAGGUGGACCUGCUGCUGCGCACCGCGCUGGACGUCGCGCGCGCGACGCUGAGAAGCAACCGAAAGCUGCACGCCGCCGUGGCCGAGGCGCUGCUGGAGCGGGAGACCCUGGACAGCAAGGCCUUCAGCAAGCUCGUGGAGCAGCACCCGGUGGAGGCCGCGCGGCUGUGAGGGCCCGGUGCGUUUUUCCUUGUUGUUGCUCGGCGGCGCGGUUUGCGCGGCGAGCGCGGUCUUCAGCUUUUCGGCUCGGCGUAUCGCGAGGCCAGCUCUGGCAACACCGCGCGUGGGCGCGGCACGAUGGCCACAUCCCAGCGCCCAGUGGUGCUCGGCCGCAGAUCUGGUGCCACCGGCAGUAGCUCGUGCCCGUUGCGAGCAGGGCUCCCCGUCGCUGUCGCGGGUCGGACGUGGGUCGCCCGCCCAGCAGCGGCCGCCGUCGGAUCGGUCUUGGGCAGCUCCUGCUGCUGGGCGUCGCGCCCGUGCUCUCUUCCGGCCCACUCGGGGCACGCCCGACGGAAGGGGGGUCGGAGGGCCGCCCCGCCUCGCCGGAUGCGUCCGGCGAGGCGGCUCGAUGUGGAGCUCGACGCUCUCCUCGCCGACGCGUCGCCGAUGCGGCGCCGAUGCGGCGCGGUCCUCCGGCUCCGUGCGCUCGGACCCCGCUUCCGGUGGCCGCGAACGGCUCUACGCCGCGGGCCGGGGAGGCCAGUGCUGGGCGGAGGAGGAUUUUCCUUCUUCUAGAUCAGUGCGCCGCCGAACGGGCGCAUGGGCGGCCCCGACAUCGGGAUCAGAGAAACGGCCGGGCCCCCCCCCCGCAGGUUUUGGGAGGCGCGGUCGGCAUGGCGCGCGCGCGCACGCCUCCCGGUGUCCUCUUGUCGGUGCACCGCAGGGCCUCGCGCGGGAGCGCAGGGCCUCGCCGCCCGUCUCUGGGCACUCGGCGCAGUGGCGCGGGGCCCAGUGCAGAA